UAAUUUAGGAAAAAGAUUUUAGGCUUAGGCUCAACAUUUCAUUUCAUUCAUAACACUACAGUACGGUCCUAUCCAUUCAUUUAAUGUUAAUUUAUUAGGAUAAAUAUCACACAAGAUAGAUUUUUUUAAUUUGUCUAUUGCAUUUAUUAAAGUAUUAUGUAUUACUAGGUACUUUAAUUUAUUUUAGAUUUCUGUGUAGUGGAGAGUGAAAACAGUUCUGUGUUGACUAGAACAAAAUGUAUAACAGAGAAAGCUUUUAAUAGUUGAGUGUUUUGCCCAAGAGGAAAAUAAAAUUAUUGGAAAGGAAUGUGUGUGUUGUGUCAUAUUAUCUCACAGAAGUUCUUGUUUAUUGAUAAGUUAUAAAAAUAGACCUUAUCCUCUAUUGACAAUAUUAUGAUAAAACUGAUAAAAGGUAAUCCAGCUGAUUACAAUUGUCAAGGCUUUUUUUAAUUCUCUCAUAGAUUCCUACUAGUACAUACAUCACAUUCAGAAAUAUGUGUCUAGCCAAUUUGGUAAAAACAUCACAUUGCUUUUAAAUUAAGAAGGGCUGAGCAUUUCUUAAAAUCUCGAAAGCGGAGCAUAUACAAAAUGGCUACGAUUUCUGAAAAAAUUGUUAGCAGCUCAAGUUCUAAAAAGGAUAAUGUGCCUCAAUGGAAGAAGGAUCUUAUAGCUAGACUCAAAACACAGAAGGAGAGAACUGAGGAGAUUCAUGAUGAGGAACGGUUAUGGGGCACCCAUCAUCCGCCACAUCCACGCACCGAUCUCGUUUGCCCGAUGUCUCCCGAAAACGGCUUCCAUAAGGAGUUGGAUUCCCCCAACUCUUCGGAUUCGGAAGAUCUCCAUUACGGUCCUGGGAUCGUUAAUCGUCUACGCAACAAAUACCUGAGUCUGGCCCUGCGUGAGAGUAACAACCGACCUACCAUUUUAAGAAAGGCCACCAGCUUAGAAAACCUAUUGGAUGACGAAGAUAGGAUAUCUGAGCAGGGCAAGACGGACGGAGUUUUGUUUAUUAGGCGAAAUGGUGUGAAUGAAAAUGGAAAUAGAUAUAGGUCAUCGAAUCGGCAGCAGCAAAUGAAACGCGCGAGGUCAGUUGAAGUAAUCUCUCGUGCCAGCCAUGAUAAUGAACUGUCUAUGACGGCAUCGGUUACCGAAAAAAUUAAUAACCGGCAAUCGUUACAUGAGGAUCUCUUAAUGUCCGUAAAUGAUGAGAAGGAGAUACCUAAAGAAAUUUCGAGACCUUAUAAGAAGCCCUUAUCAAUAGAAAACGGGUCAGAAGACAACGAAAAACCCACUCGGGCAGUAAAUAGGCCCAAAAAAAUACCUCCCCUAUUAAGAGAGAGGGAGAAACCUCCCGUUGAUGUCGUCAAGCAUGCGAAAAUGAUUUUUGAGAAACGGCCUGAAACUCGAACUAAGAAGCCUCAAACUACCGGCGUCGUAGCAGAAAAAGUAUACAGUUUUAACAGUUUGAUAGCUAAAACGAAAAAUACAACAUGGAAAACGAUAAAACUUGCCGUUAAACCAAUCGGCGACGUAGCUGCAAAAGUCGAUAGCUUUAAUGACAUAAUAGUCAAAACAAAAGUGGGCUUAAAACCCACUAAACCUGUUAUUAAAACCUCAAAACCAGUACUAGUUGAUAAAAAGAUAAGUAAUACUCAUAUUAAGCCAGUGGCUAAGCCAGUAAUCAUUAACGAGGAGCUGGUCAAACCUAAUUGUCUAGAAUUAGUUACUUCGCCUAAGCAAGAGAAAAAGCCAUUUCAGAGUUUGCCCAGUCCUAUUCCAGAUGUUUCUAGAGUUGAGAUGCACCAGGACGGGGAGAUUAGAAAAAAUCACAAAAACUCUUUGCUUUGUGAUACGCCAGAUUUAAUACUAACUUCAAGUCCUAUCCCUAAGCUUAUAUCUCCUAUUUAUAGCAAGAGAACUACGGAAAACUUUCUGAAUGAAGAGAGAAAUAGAUCGAUUUCGGCACCUCUGGAAGUUGACAAUAAGUACCCCAAUACACCACAUAGCCCCAGUAAACCAAAGCCAAAUACACUGAGUUUUAACCGCGAGAAUGAGGAAUCUCUAGGUAUUAAAAUGAUAUCACCAAUCUCACAAAACAACAUCACCAAGAAUUCCGCCAGUUCUGUCUUCAAUUUCACCCAGGCCCAAGUUGAUCAGAGACACUUACCUGGAAAAAAAAGUCCUCAGAGAAUCCAAAGUCCAAUUUUCGCGGCAUCCGGUCAAAGAAGUCCAAUUCAAGAAAGGAAAAGUCCGAUAUCCGAAUUCCGUUCCAGUCCUGAUUUGAGACACUCACCUAUAGAGUCGCCAACAAACGGUUUUGGGAGCAAAGUGAAAUUAGAAGUGUCCGCCUUCGAAAUGGUAAGAAAUUUGAGAAAUCACGCGAAAAGUGUCGAAGUAAUUAAAGUCGCCGAGGUUAGUGUUGAUAGUGUACGCGUCGAAAGUCAUAAACCCGUGGAUAAAUCGGCAGAAAGUACGGCGGACACUAAAAAGUUUCCCCAGGAAUCUGAAAAACCAUUCGAAAAGGUCGUGUUGAAACCCGUGCAAAGUAAGAAAAAUACCAGUGAUAAUUUUACGAGUGUGGUCGACUCCCCAGUUGAAAAGCCAGUAAAAGUGCCGUUACCGAUUAAAGGAAAAAGUCGGAAAGAAGAAAAUACCGUCGCUGUUUUCAACUUUACGACUAGAAAAGAUGUACCGGAUUAUAUCGCAAACGAUACAAGUAGAGUGCCUAGCAAGCCAACGAUUCCUAAGCCUGAUGAACCAGGAAUUAAAAUCCUACCCGAAACAUUUAUUGCAAACUUUCAGGAAGUUUGGGAGGAGGACGAACUCAUCAGGACGCUGGAGGCGCGUCCUCCCAGUCCUUGCGAUGUUACAUUUAUCAAUGACAACAUUUUAAUCGAUGGUAAAUCUAGUCUUAUUCAACAAACAUCAAGAAGAAUAAAGUUGAAAAUAUCAUUCAUAGACGACGCUGAAAUAUACGAGUAUCCAUCUGAAAAUUCGCUUUUAUUGGAUGACCAACACCCGUCUCCUUCAUCUGCGACAGCGCCUCCUGUUGGCCAUACAAUUCCUAAUUUAACAGGUUCUUCGUUAGCGUCUUACACUCCAAAAACUACAGAGGAAUUUCAGUUAGGAAUCAGCAAAAGUUUUCACGAGCCAAUAGCAGCACCGAAAAAAGAGGAGCCGGUCAGUGACGACAUGUUGGAAGAAGUUGAUAAACCUGUGCUUUUCAGUUCAGGAAGCACCAGUGAUAUUCUUUUUUAAAUUGAAAAGAACAUUCCAUAUAGUAGUAAUGGCAUUUUAGCAUCAUUCCGAAGUUUAAUGAGGAGCAUUCCAAAUAAUUACAUAAGACUGCCAUAUGUUGGUUUUUGAUAAAAGUGCGAUUUUUUUUUUGAAUAAUAUUUUUGGAAAAGUAAACUAUAUACCAUUUUUUAUAAGAAUCUAUACAUGUUAGUUUGUGAUUGUGACCUAUCAUUUGUGUAAAUACAUAAUAUCACUGGA